AUGACAACACCCACUGGAGCAGGACAAAGGGGGCUACGGAGGCCUCCCCCCCCACCAGAGUUGUUGCCGCACCACUUCCUGCCCCCAGAUCAAACCCACCAAGCCGACACAGCAGCAAAUGCUGCAGCAGUGCGCCCGUGUCCUCUGUCGCAGUUCUCCAGAGGGGCUGCAGGAAAAGCAGCAGCAUCAGCUCUCGGGGCAGCUGCGGCUCCUGGGCACUCAGCUGCAGCGACAGCAAGCGCCCCUCCAGCCGUCGUUGGAGGCCCCGUAACUGCAUGGAGGAAGCAUUUUUUGUGCAGAGCCAGCAGCACUAGAAGCGGCGGCCGCGACCUUAUGACAAGGAGCGCCUUUGGUGCCUUUCGUUGUGUUUAUCGAGUUCAAUUUUGGGCAUUUGCGGCUGGGGUGUUCCUGGGCUGGCUGUUGCUGCUGCUUGAGCAGCAACAACAACAGCAGGAGCAUACGGAGGGGAGGAGCAAUCCCUGGCUCAUUCGGCAGGCUGUUGCCCGCGGCUUCUGGAUUCUCCUGUUUGCCGGCGUCCUGGUUCACAAGCAGCCAAAUGCGAGCAGCGGCAGCAGCGGCAGAUCGGAGCAAGCGGACUUAUGUUACCAGUGCAUCACACUGUCCGUAUUAGGCUGCUGCCUUGUCUUUUUUGUGCUGCUACUAGUACGGUGCCGCAUGCCUUGCGCAGCAGCGGCAGAAUCCCUUUUCAUUCUGCUCCUGCUGCUGCAUCAUGGGAGCGAAUACUUGUUUGUCGCUGCCUUUCACCCCGUAGAUCUCGCCUACGAUUCAUUCCUUAUAAACAACAGUCCCGUGUAUGCGGCAGUGCUACUGCUCUCCCUCAUCGAGCAGCAACUCAAGCCCUCGAUCGCUGCGGCAGUCCUCCGCAGCAGCAAUGCGCUGCUCUUGCUGAACCUGGUGCUGGGCCAGCAGAUACACUUGCCACAGCUGCUUUGGCAGCUGCACACGUUCUGCUGCCACGCGCUUCUGCGGCGUCCCUUGCUGCAUGGCGAUGCCGACUUGCUGCUGGAGCAACCGUUGCAACAGCUGCAGCGGCAGGAGAAACAGCUUCCUGAAGCAGCGGCGGCAGCUUCAGCAGCAGCGCUUGCCCUGGAUCCGUCCUCCUGGGUGUAUUGGCAGCUUUGGAUCGUGUUCGUGCUGAUGCUGGUGGCCGCUAUGGGGUUUGCUGCGGCGCUGCUCGGCCUUGCUGUGCGGGGUCUGGGCUUCCUUACCCUGAAGGAAAACUUUACGCAUCAAAUACGGAGAAGGAAAAACAAGGGCCACACCCUCUGUACCCGCGGCAUCUACAGCAUGUGUCGCCACCCAGCGUACGCUGGGUGGUUCUGGUGGGCAGUCGGGUCUCAGAUGCUCCUGCUCAACUGCGUAUGCUGUUGCCUCUUCUUUGCCGUAUCAUUUCUGUUCUUUCAUGAGCGAAUUUUAUUUGAAGAACGUCAACUCCUGAGAAUGUUCGGGCGCGAGUACGAGGUGUACAGGCAGCGCGUACGGACCAUCGGCAUCCCAGGACUUCAGGCGGCUUUGGGUGCGACCGAGAAGGCGCAGCGGCGACCAUCUACUCCGUAG